AUGAUUUUAGUGAAGCAACGUAAUUUACCAAAGGAAGCUUUAAAUAUUUUCUUAUUUAGCUCACAGCCUUGCGAAUCAACGUUUAAAAAUGCAAGAGCUUUGAGUGGAAUCUAUCAUACGGUUGUAAACUUUACUGCAGCCGAUUUUCUUCGUCGAAGUGAAAAGCUAUCCAUUCUUAACGAAGAAAAAUGCAACAACGUAUUAGACGAAAAUGAUCGAGAACUUAAAUUUCCAAUUCAUCAUAAAGAAAAUAGAGUAUACUAUGAUUCUUUAUCUAAUUUGAAUGAUAUUGAUAAAAUCAACGUUGAAAAUAUUGUUUUAGCUGCAUUUAACCGUGCAAAAGAACUAGUUAGUAAUUUGAAUAUAUUACCUUCAUUAAAGGAAUGCAAUGCUUGUGAACUUAAUGGUUUAAGUAAAAAUAUAUCUGAUAGUAUUAGAUUCAACAUUAAUUCGGAUAAUUAUUUAGCAACGGAUUCAGAUUCUUCAUCAGAUUCUGAAUCUGAUUAUGAUGAUGAAGCA